CGCCGGUUGUAAAAAUCGCCCCAGCCAUGCACCCAACACCUCCUUUUUCGCCAGAUUUGACGAAAGGUUCGGCCGGCGCUCCCAUGGGAAACCCAACGCGCUGGGCCCGAGCUAGGGGCACUGGCGCUACCUUUUCACGUGCAAACCCCUCUCUCUCCUCUCUUUCCACCUACCCCACCCCGUCGCCCACCUUCUCCUCCUACUCCUCCUCUGUCCCGGCCUCCCCCGCACGCCAUGGCGGCCAACCACCACCUCCGCCGCCUCGCCUCCGCGUCCGCCCCCGCUCUUUCCCGCCUCUCCAAGCCCCCUGCCUCGCCGCUCCUCCGCCCCGCGUUCUCCAGCUUCGCCUCCCCCGCGGAUCAGCCUGCGAGGCCCGGGGCGCUGUGAAGGAGGAAGACGAGCCGCAGGCCGGUGAUGCUAGUGCGACCGCGACGAAGGCGGGGGAGGAGGAGGAUGACGGCGGCCUGGACCUCCUCCUCUGCCCCGGUCUCCCGUCACAGUCGGCCGCACAACCAGGCCGCAUAGGUGCAGCAACAGAUGGCCCGCGCCGUCCCGAGCGCUACCAUGCGUGCGCUGUCGUGCAUCGGUAUGACCCGCCUCGGCUGCCUCUUCUCCGUCGAGGUGGCGGCGGCACAGGGCCUCCCGUCGUCCAUGGACGGGCUCCGCCUCGCCGUGGCCGUGCGCAAGAAGGAGUCGCGCGAGGGCGCCGUGCAGACCAUGCCGUCCCGCGUGCAGCAGGGCGCGGCGGACUUCGAGGAGACGCUAUUCGUCCGGUGCCACGUCUACUGCAGCGGCGGGGGCGCCGGCAAGCCGCCGACGAAGUUUGAGCCCCGCCCGUUCCUGUUGUCCGUGGUCGCCGUGGACGCGCCGGAGCUGGACCUUGGCCAGAGCACGGUGGACUUGAGCGCCCUCGUGAAGGAGUCCACGGAGAAGAGCCAACAAGGGGAGCGCGUCCGGCAGUGGCAGAUGGCGUUCCUGCUCGCCGGCAAGGCCAAGGGCGGGGAGCUCGUCGUCACGCUCGCUUUCCAGAUCUUGGAGGACGGCGGCGUCGGGCUCUACAGCCAGCCGGCCACCAAGACCGCUGCCCUGGUGCGGUGUCCAGUGACGAGAAUCUGAAGGAGCCCCUUCUUGUCCCUCGCCUUGGCCGCCAGCCUGAGCUCCCGCAGCGCGGCGGAGAGCCUGGACCUCUUGCUCCUCUUCUUCUUCAUGUUCUUCAUGGCGUCGCUCCGGCACAAGGACGGCGGCCUGGACCUCCUCCUCUGCCCUGGGGCCUCCUCGACAUCGUCACCGGCCCGUCCGCUUCCUCGCUACGCGCCACGCGCUCGUGGACCUCCGAGCUAUCGCCACGCGUCCUCCUCGUCGAGGUGCCGAGAUGCUUGGGGGUGGAGACGGCCGGAAAAAUCCCCCCUCCAAGCCCAUUCUCCUAUGGAACACCUUAGUGCCGGUCAAAGUAGAAGCCCUCCGCCGCAUCACUGCAUUUCUGAAGAUUUGCUCUCUAAAAAUUAACUAAAAAAUACAUGUAAUGAGAACUAGCAAAAACUGAGCUAGUAGGAUUGGAUGGGUGAAUAUUCCUAAAACAUGCAUCA